UUUCAAAUGGAGCGAGGUCGAGAUGCUCUGUGUGUUCCUCCACUGCGGUCUAUGGUUGAUCCUCUGGUUGCUAGGUGCCUUUACUCUGGCAAAGGUUAUAUGAUUCCUUUGAAUCAAUGCAUGAGCUACUCUGAGUUGUAUGAAGACAUUUUCCGUACAUUCCAGUUUUUGCCAAGUGAUAUUAUUGAGCUUCAGUAUUCAGUUCCAGGUUGUGAAGUUUGUUUUCUUCGUAACGAUCGUGAUUUCCAGAUGCUGUUUUGCUCUGCUAGAAUACAUAGGUUAGAGUGUGUCGAUAUUUCAGUUUUAAAGAUUGGGGGAGGUUGUAGGAGAACUUGUUCUGUGGAUAGUGGGUCGGAAGUGAUUGAUGAAGAUGAUUAUUUGGGUGAUGCAUUCAGGACUGAAGUUCACAAGACGUAUUUGUCUGAUGAGUGGAGUUCUUAUAUUCAUCAUGUCGGGGAUAAGUUUCAUGGUGCUGUUGAGCUCCGUGAGAAGCUCAGAAAGUAUGCAAUUGCAGUUGGUUUCGAGUUUGUUUUGCUGAGAAAUGAUUUGGACCGUAUUCAUGCAGUCUGUGCAAAUGUUGGAACCGAAGGAUGUGAUUGGCAUCUUCGUGCUUUUUCAUCAUCUGCCAAUGGUUGCCUUUACAUAACAGAGUUGAAUAAUAUUCACACUUGCAAGGGUGUAGUUAGGACUCAAAAGCACAAGCUUUUGGGAUCCAAGGUUGUCAAGACUUGCAUUGCUGCUGAUGUUAGCUAUAAUCUUUCAUUGACGCCAAGGGAGAUUAUGAGCAAGUUCAAAUCAACUUAUGGGUUUGAUAUUUCCUACAAGGUUGCCUUGAAAGCAAAGCAUCGGGCUAAGGAAGCGAUUUAUGGUUCCGAUGCAGACACGUUUAGCAAGUUAUCUUGGUAUAAGGAAGCUGUUUUGCAGAGUAAUCCCGGCUCUUCUUUUGUGUUGGAAGUUGAACCAUCGACAAAUCGUUUUCAGAGGCUUUUCGUAGCUUACGGAGGUUGUGUAGAAGGGUUUCAAUUCUGUUUGCCUGUGUUGUAUGUUGAUGGAACGUUUGGUAAGAGCAUUUACAAGGGGCAGAUUCUGUCUGCAACUGGAAGGAAUGGGAAUCAAGGUUUCUACCCUCUAGCCAUAUGUUUUUGUGAUUCUGAGACAGAUGCAAACUGGACAUUCUUUUUCAAGCAUUUGAAGAGUCUGCUUGAACCUCAAGGAAGAGUUAUCACAUUUAUUAGUGAUCGGGGUGUUGGAUUGUUGAGUGCUUUCGAUAAGGUAUUUGCUGGUAAUCCUCAUCUGUUUUGUUACAAGCACUUGGUGGCGAACCUUGCCGUUAAAUAUAGGGGUAAAGGUAAUUCAAAAUUGAUUGAAGAUGUUAAGCAGAAGUUUUUUAAGGUUGCAUAUUCCUCUACUGAGAAGGAAUACCGUUUCAAUUUGCGGUUGCUUAGAGCAGUUGGUGGUGCCGAUAUUAUUGACCCUUUUCUUGCUGAAUUGCCUGUGGAAAAUUGGUGCCGUGCAUUUUAUACUAGUUGCCGAUAUGGAAUUAUGGCUAAUGGGAUUGCUGAAUCAUUCAACUCUUGGAUUGCAAUUGAGCGUUUGAUGCCAGUCUAUUGUAUGCUGGACCAGACAAGAAUUAAACAAAUGGAGAUGGCCGGUAAGAGGAGGGAAGAGGCAGAACGUUGGACCACAGAACUAACUCCCAAAAUGGAGGAAAGAUUGAAGGAGCAAAUGGAGAAAUCUCGUCGUUUCAGUGUCCAUUAUUCUAGCCCUGGAGUUUAUGAGAAUCUGCUUCUGAAUGUAUAUUACCUCCCCUUUCGAAGAGGCCCCCCGGGAGGCCUAGGGUGAAGCGGUUCAAGUCGGUUGGAGAGGCUGAAAAGAAGCUGAUUCGUUGUGGUCGUUGUGGCAAAAUGGGCACUCAUAAC